AUGGUGACACUUCUGCUAGAGCAGGUCCCGAAUUUCAAGGGAACCUGGUUCGAAUGUCUGGGGGACCUAGCGCGUUAUCGUAUGGCAGUGGAGGAUACAGAUGUCACGGUCCGCGAUAUAUGGGCAGAGGUUUCUAGAUAUUGGUACAAUCAGUAUCUUUAUCAACGUUCUGAACCCGGCCGAAUCCAGCACCACCUUGGCGUCCUCUCUCGCUCGGAUACUUUGCAGCGGUUCUUCUGCUACUCGAAAGCAUUGCUCAGCGUGGACCCAUUUGCAAAUGCGCGUAAGAGCAUGAUUCACCUGUUCAACCCUAUCCUAAGUGCACCCGCUGACAGACACACACUGAUCACUUCGUUUGUGGCCGCCCAUGGUGUUCUUUUCUUGCGCAUGCCAAGUGAGCAGUUUGAUGCUCGGUCAAACUUCUUCCUUGUGAAUCUUCGCCAGGGGGCUAGCCGGUUAGGCCGAGAGGCACAGCAAGGCAUUUUCAUCACGUGCUGCAAUAUCGCUGCGAUUUUCCAGUAUGGGGAUGAAAAUGGAGCUUUUGCUACGGAUUUUGCUGGCGACCCAAGUACAUCCACUGCAGACGCCUAUGUCAAUGCCAAGAAAUAUCCCUACACCGACUUCUCAUCUCAAUUUGCAUUCGGUGCAAGCUCUCUCGCUUUCCACACCCUGAUCGUCAUCUUUGGCCAAGCCAGCGAGCCAACUAUGCACCCAGCCGUGCAUGCCUCUUUGGCAUUCCUGUGGUGCCUCUCGCUCCAUCCAGCAGCCAUUCAACGACUAGAGCUGCUAGUUCCAUGGUUGAUACUCGCAAAUUAUCUGAAUACUUUGCUUCAACCCAACAUCGAUAUUACAAAAAUUGAAGCCGAAUCAUUUCCCCACAUAGAUGGCACACCCACCCAGCAAUUACCGGAAGACUUGCUGAUUAGAGGACACAUCUGGAGCCGGCUGUAUUACCCUGCGAAAUUCUUUGAUCAGACGGGUGUAGACAUUGACAGACCAUUGAUUGAGGAGCCGUGGACGAUGCUUCUGAGAAGACAUAGGUGCCUGUGGCUUGGAGUGCGGAUUGCAACUCUUUCUCGCUGGAUGACGUAUGACCGGACUCGACACUUUACGCCUACCCUACUUACCCAUCGAUUUGCGGCAGUUGCUCAAUCAACUGGCCACUUGAGUGGGAAUCCAUACUUGAGCCCAGGCCUCUAG